GUGUGGAACGGCACCGGUACAGAAGUUAAACGUAACCUACACAUUUCACAAGAAAUAUUUUACAUAAACUUAAUUCCAUUGCCUUUUGUGGUUUCAUUACCGCGCAUUAGAGAAAACAAUGGCUGAAGCAGGUUGGGAUGACGUUACAUACAUCAGAAAGAGGCAGCCAAAGAGUGGAACUCUGAAAACACAGCAGGCUUUAAGUUCUGCACAGAGGCAGGGAAUCCCUAUUGACACAGAGAAAAAGUUUGCAGGAGGACAGAACAAACAGCAUUCAGCUUCCAAAAACACUGCCAAGCUGGACAGAGAGACUGAGGAGCUGCAUCAUGAACAUGUGGCCCUUGAUGUGUGUAAACUCAUACAACAAGCAAGACAAGCCAAGGGCUGGACUCAGAAAGAGUUAGCCACUAAAAUAAAUGAAAAGCCGCAAGUGAUAAAUGAGUAUGAAUCUGGUAAAGCCAUACCUAAUAACACGAUUAUGUCCAAGUUGGAACGAAACUUAGGUGUCAGACUGAGAGGAAAGGAUAGGGGACAGGCCCUCGGAGGACCUAAAAAGAAGUAGCUAAGCUCAGUAACCAUGGAAACAUGGAGUUGCUGCACAGCAACAGACUCUCAUUUUGCAUUGUAUUUUCAUUCUGUUAGAAUAGAAAUUAACUGCUAUAAAAAAGUGAGAUUUAAAAGAUUAAUUAAAAUGUAAAUAUAAUGUUCAGAUAUUGAUAACUUUUAAUUUGUCACAUAUGUUUAAAUUCAAACACUGAGAAAAAAUGGAUGUUAAAAUAUAUUAAAAUAUGUCUCUUAAAAUUAUAAACAAAGCUAUCUUUGGUCACAGUAUUGCUUUAUCAAUAAUAUUUAGACAGUUACAUUUAAUACUAACAGUAGCAUAUAAAUGUAAAUUUUAGUAGAUCGAAACAAAUGGAUAAAAAAGUACUGACGAAUUUUGGACUUUCUACUUUUCUUGUGUACAUUUUUCUGUGUAUGUGAUCUUUUUCAAGUAAGUUAUAACAAUUUAUUAUUGACAUAUCCCUUACAAAUGAUGCUUGCUAUGUGGCUUUUAAAAAUUAACAUAGGAAAAAUGAUAAGACGUGUACUAGCGAGUUUACUAUGCAUUGGUGUUGAUUAAAAAGAGAACCAAGAGCUUGUUUAUCUGAUGUUGAAAGUUAAGACAUGAUAAUUUAUUCAAUGUCAAGAUUGUGUUUUAAUGGUCUAAUGAAAUGUCAAGGUAAAAUUUGCCUGAUUUAUAGCCAAGAUGCAUUUUCUAUGUUUCCUGUCUUUUAUCAUUUGGUAUUUUAUGGAAAGUAAAUAGUUCUAAUUAUAUUGAUGUUCACAGGUUGGGUGUUAAUACAGCUUGUGCAGUUCAGAUAAAUAGCUUUUACCAUUC